CCCCGGGGCAGGGCUCGGGGCCCGUCGCGAGCGGCGGCCGUUGGCUCCCUCAGCGCGGCGCGAGGGCGCGGCCGUCGCCCCCUCACGAGCGGGGCUGCCUGAGGGGAACGACGCGGGCAUCGCCGUCCGUUCCCCGGUCCUCGCCUCACAACUUUUCCCCUCACGGGAUUAGCUCAGCCCCAGCUAAGCCCGUCCUCGUGCCCUGUUACUGUUCUGGAGUGCCAUGUUAGCUCACCUCAGCAGCCCGCCCUUCUGUUUGCUGCUCUCCUGUAUUUCUAGGAGGCCUUCCAGCUGCGAUACCCUGCUGCCGUCCCGAGGCAUGCUUGCCCCAUGUAGGUCCCCAGCACGCAGCCUCAGCUGUUUUCCCCAGCCCUCUCCCUGACCUGUAACACCCAGUCCUGCAGUCUCCGUGGCUCCUUUGGCCAAGGUAUGUGGCUCUGGACUGCUCGCGCUCCAACAAGUUAUGACCCGGCAGACUUUCUUCACAGCACUUCUUCGAUCCUUUGGCAUACCAGGCUUGUAUUUUUUUUUUGUGCUUCUUGAAAUCUAACUAAUAACCAAGAUGUCUACUAAUGAGAAUGCCAAUGCAGCAGCAGCUCGCUUGAACAGGUUCAAAAACAAAGGAAAAGAUACUACAGAAAUGAGGCGGCGGCGUAUUGAAGUCAAUGUAGAGCUGAGGAAAGCUAAGAAAGAUGACCAGAUGCUUAAAAGAAGAAAUGUUAGCACUUUACCAGAUGAUGCCACUUCUCCCCUUCAGGAAAACAGGAACAACCAGGUUACAGCACAUUGGUCUGUUGAAGAAAUUGUCAAAGGAGUUAAUAGCAAUAACAUGGAGCUUCAGCUACAGGCUACUCAAGCUGCCAGGAAACUCCUUUCAAGAGAGAAGCAGCCUCCCAUAGACAACAUAAUUCGGGCUGGUUUGAUUCCCAAGUUUGUCUCCUUCUUGGGUAGAGCAGACUGUAGUCCUAUUCAGUUUGAAUCUGCAUGGGCACUUACCAACAUUGCUUCGGGCACAUCAGAACAAACAAAGGCAGUAGUAGAUGGUGGGGCUAUUCCAGCCUUUAUAUCACUACUGGCCUCUCCUCAUACUCACAUCAGUGAGCAAGCUGUGUGGGCAUUAGGAAAUAUUGCAGGGGAUGGUUCUAUGUAUAGGGAUUUGGUUAUUAAAUUUGGUGCAAUUGAACCACUGCUGACUCUACUGGCUGUUCCUGAUCUCUCUUCUCUGGCUUCUGGAUAUUUACGCAAUGUUACCUGGACCCUCUCAAACUUGUGUCGUAAUAAGAAUCCUGCACCACCCAUAGAAGCUAUUGAGCAGAUUCUUCCAACUCUUGUUCGACUCUUGCACCAUGAUGAUCAUGAAGUUUUAGCAGACACGUGCUGGGCGAUCUCCUAUCUAACAGAUGGCUCCAAUGACAGGAUAGAAGUUGUUGUGAAAACUGGAUUGGUGCCACAACUUGUAAAACUCCUGGGAUGUAGUGAACUGCCAAUAGUGACUCCUUCUUUAAGAGCCAUAGGAAAUAUUGUUACUGGUACUGAUGAGCAGACCCAGAUUGUUAUUGAUUCAGGAGCACUAUCUGUCUUUCCAAGUCUCCUUUCUCAUCAUAAAAACAACAUUCAGAAAGAAGCAGCAUGGACAAUGUCAAACAUCACUGCAGGACGUCAGGACCAGAUUCAGCGAGUUGUAGAUCAUGGUCUUGUGCCUUAUCUCAUUGGUAUUCUGAGGAAGGGGGAUUUCAAAUCUCAAAAAGAAGCUGUGUGGGCUGUGACUAACUAUACAAGCGGUGGAACAAUUGACCAGGUCGUCUAUCUCGUUCAGGCUGGUGUUGUUGAACCUCUCCUGAAUCUUCUCUCUGCUAAAGACAGCAAGACUGUACUAGUAAUUCUGGAUGCUAUUUCUAAUAUUUUCCUGGCUGCUGAGAAGAUUAAUGAGACUGAAAAACUUUGCCUCAUGAUUGAGGAGUGUGGAGGUCUAGACAAAAUUGAGGCUCUUCAGUCACAUGAAAAUGAACAAGUAUACAAAGCCUCAUCUACCCUCAUUGAGAAAUACUUCUCAGCAGAAGAGGAGGAAGACCAAAAUGUUGUACCAGAAUCUACUGCUGCUAGUUACACUUUCCAAAUUCAGGGCAAUACUCCAAAUACUUUCAACUUCUAGACACUGCAUACACUAACGAUGUACAAGUUAUUUGGCAUAUGUCUGCCAGUUCUGUCUUAAUAGCCCCUCUUUGUUUUUUGUGACCUGUAGCACUUUGUCCAACUGAACCAUACUUGAACAGUUCAAAACUGUACAUAUGUGAAUUUUUAACUGUUAACUGUAAACCUCAUUCUUUGAGAUGCUUGUAAAUACACAUUCUGUUCUUAUUUCUGUCUUUUACUGUCCCUGUCUCGCAUAAGAAUGCAGGUAGGCAAUAUAAGUUUCUCUCAAAGCAUGAGCCGUUGCUCUGUGUGACUUUGCUCUGUGUAACCUCCUUAUAAACUACUACACUCAAAACACUGAGUAGGCUUUUAAAGAGAAUUUGUCUAAAGUUCAAUAAAGUGGUAUCAAUACAU